CUACGGAGGGCUGAAGGGGCCAAAGGACUUGCCUGCCUCGCUCGCACGCGGAGGAGUGCUGAGUUGGUCCGGACGCCGGCGCCGCGCUCGCCUUCCCUCGGCUUUUUCUGCCUGUCAAAAUGGAGGCCAACAACGGUGGCAGCGGUAGCAGCAGCGACUCGGCGCCGGACUGUUGGGACCAGCCGGAGGUGGAGCCCGGCAGUGGCGGAGCGGGAGGAGGAGGAGACGCCGCCAGCGAAGGCCUCUUGCCCGGCCCCGCCGCUCCUGAGGGAGAAGCCGGCGGAGAGGCCCACCCCGCGGCCCAGCUGGAUGCCGAGGAGCAGGAGCGGCUGGGCGCGGCCUUCAGCCGCCUCCUCAACGUCAACGCCAAGCCCUUCGUGCCCAACGUUCACGCCGCCGAGUUCGUGCCGGCCUUCCUCAGGGGAGGAGGAGGAGGAGCAGGGCCCCCCUCGCCGCCGCCGCCGCCACACGGGGCCUCUGCAGAAUCUUCACAAGAGGAGCAGCGAUUGUCUUGUGAAGGCUCAAAUGUGGCAGACAGUAUGGAGGUCUCAGAACAAGUUGUAGAAAAUGGAGAAACGGAAAUGUCCCCUGAAGAAUCAUGGGACCACAAAGAAGAGGCCAUUGAGGCAGAUUUAGCAUGUGGCCCCUCUGGCGGUGCAGGGCCCAUGGACGAAGGUAUCCCCGAAAUGAUGGAAGAAGAGGAGGAAAUACCCACACCGAAAUCGCUGGUGGCACCACCUGGGGCUCCCAAAAAGGAGCACGUCAACGUUGUGUUCAUUGGACACGUAGAUGCUGGCAAAUCAACAAUUGGAGGACAAAUAAUGUACUUGACUGGCAUGGUUGAUAAACGAACGCUGGAAAAAUACGAGAGAGAAGCUAAAGAAAAAAACAGAGAAACUUGGUAUCUCUCGUGGGCCUUAGACACAAAUCAGGAAGAACGGGACAAAGGUAAAACAGUGGAAGUGGGCCGAGCCUAUUUUGAAACGGAGAAGAAACACUUCACUAUUUUAGAUGCUCCAGGUCACAAGAGCUUCGUUCCAAAUAUGAUUGGUGGAGCUUCUCAAGCUGAUCUAGCUGUGUUGGUUAUAUCUGCAAGAAAAGGAGAAUUUGAAACUGGCUUUGAGAAAGGAGGGCAAACAAGAGAGCACGCCAUGUUAGCAAAAACAGCAGGAGUCAAACAUUUAAUAGUCCUUAUUAAUAAAAUGGAUGACCCAACUGUGAACUGGAGCAAUGAGAGAUAUGAAGAGUGCAAAGAGAAACUUGUGCCAUUUUUGAAAAAAGUGGGCUUCAAUCCCAAAAAGGACAUCCACUUCAUGCCCUGCUCGGGGCUAACUGGAGCAAACCUAAAGGAGCAGUCCGACUUCUGUCCUUGGUAUACUGGACUCCCGUUUAUUCCCUAUCUGGAUAACUUGCCAAACUUCAACAGAUCCGUUGAUGGACCAAUAAGGCUUCCAAUUGUGGAUAAAUAUAAGGACAUGGGCACGGUGGUUCUGGGAAAGCUGGAAUCGGGCUCUAUUUGCAAAGGACAGCAACUGGUGAUGAUGCCAAAUAAGCACAAUGUGGAAGUCCUUGGCAUCCUUUCUGAUGACGUAGAAACAGAUGCUGUCGCUCCCGGUGAAAACCUGAAGAUCCGACUGAAAGGAAUUGAAGAAGAGGAGAUCCUCCCGGGAUUUAUACUCUGCGAUAUUAAUAACCUGUGUCAUUCGGGACGCACCUUUGACGCUCAGAUAGUGAUCAUUGAACACAAAUCCAUCAUCUGUCCAGGUUACAAUGCGGUGCUGCAUAUUCAUACAUGUAUUGAAGAAGUUGAGAUCACAGCCUUAAUCUGCUUGGUAGACAAAAAAUCAGGAGAGAAGAGCAAAACCCGGCCCCGUUUUGUCAAACAAGAUCAAGUCUGCAUUGCGCGUCUAAGAACAGCCGGAACGAUAUGUCUUGAAACAUUUAAAGACUUCCCACAAAUGGGUCGCUUCACCUUAAGAGACGAGGGUAAAACCAUUGCAAUUGGGAAAGUUCUGAAAUUGGUUCCAGAGAAGGACUAAGCGUUGUUUUGACAAAGCCUGCUCCAAUACUGUGAGGAAAACAAACAAAACAAAAUGACUCUGCAGAAGCCUACUUCACAUCGCCUUCUUAUUUUCUUCACAUUUAUAACUUUCUCCCUGUGUUUUGCAAAGAUUUAACUUUUCAUAGCAAAGGUCCACAUUUGUGUCAGCUUUCUCAUAUUGAGAGCUCUGCUAUGCCACUAUUGAAUUCCCCUCUAAGGCUCCCCACCCCCUUCCUAAAUUCUGUUUCCUUGGAAGAUUUGGCAAUAGCUUUAUAAGUGAUGUGGACAUAUUUGCCUAGAAUUAUGAAUAAAAAAACCUGAUAGAAUUUAUGUUUAAUUCUCCUCCCCCCAUAUAUCGAAAAGAUUUUUCAAGACAGAUCAUUCAGUGUGUGAGUGUGCGUGCUCAUGUUAUAAAAGACAAUUACCUUGUUAAUAAACUAUUCAAAUUUCAAA